GUUUGGAUAUUGAAAAGGAUAGAAAACGUAGGGAGAUGAAUCAUGACGCGUGUACAUAUAGACAAACGGUCAAACAUGGCAACAUUCCCCAAAAAUUUUCCUUAGGUCUUUUAGUAAAUGUUAACCCACAACUAUAGAUCUUCUUUUAAGAGAGGGAGAAGGAAAAAACAAAAACAAAGAAGACCUAACUAUGAAAAAGGAAAGAAAAUCGUAGCGAGGGAGAACAAUGAAGGAGCAAGUGACGAUAUUGGCUACUCUUCUGAUUGUGGUGGCUUUAUGUUUUUUUCCAACCUUGAUAUGGUGGCGGAGGCUAAAUAAGGACCCGGACCAUAUAGAAAGUUAGGCGCAGAAACAUGCUACGACGCUUGCUCCACCGGCUGUGUUAAUUCCGACAAAUAAAAGCUGAUCCGACGCCAACACAAAUGCUACGUUCGAUGUGGAGGUAUAUGUAUAAAUAAUUAAUCCUCUAACAGUAUAAUGAAACCGGACCGAUCCAUGAUAUUAUAUUUGUUUGAUUGGUAACAAAUUCAGAUUUUGUAUGGACAUGAAACUUAAUAAGUGUUUGUCUACUCGAAUCAGAUCAUAAGUUGCGAAAUGAGUUGGUUUUGUAAAAAAAGUUGCGAAAUGAGUUGGUUUUGUAACUGAUGAAUGGAAUCAAAAGCGGACUUGGAAGUGAUGUUGAUGCAUGUACUUUGUAAUUUGCAGGAGCCGAAGGGCCAAAGAGACUCGUGCCUAAACUUUAAAAGUCACCAAGAUCCAUAGAUAUAAUUAUGUUGUAAUAACCAAUAAUGCAACUACUGCUAGAUUAUCAUAAUAUGCUUUGUGCGGGAAUAUAAUAUUGGAAUAUAGAUUCAUAAUUUAUAAGAAAGUUUAUACAUCAUACAGAUUUGAAUUAGUAGCAUGACAAAAAUAUGCUAUACGGACGAUAUACAGUUUGUAAUCACACAUAACUAUAACAGUUUGUAAAUUGAUAAAUUAGUGUC